AUAGUGUUGAUGUUAUCAGGAAUACGCCUACUAUGCUAAAGUAAUCGUUAAUACAUAGCAUUUUGGUGUUGAUGGAAAUAUAUUAACAUUUGAAAUAUAACACAAUGAUUGAUAUUUAGACUUAACGACGUAUAGGGUUGCGCAUUUUUGAAUCAAUAUAUGUUUCUCUUUAAAUAACUGAAUGAUAAUAUAUAAAUUAAAAAAUUGAAAGUAAAAUCAAUCCUGUUGGAAAUGGCAACCGGUGGAGAAAACAUCAGAAAUGAAGACAUUUGCAGCGAUAUAGUUGGUGGAUGCGUAACGCUUAGAUCGUGUAUACCGUGUAUAAAGGAUAACACCUCCACAUAUGCGACUCAGUUUUGUACGAUUUGCAGUGAAUUCCUGUGUGAUGAUUGCAAACGGGGACAUAGUCGCUUCAAACCUGGAAAACAUUCAUUUAUAAUAGCAGAAGACGUAAUUAAAGUACCUGUAGUUGUCGACAUGAUGGAUAUUGACAAAUGCGAAGAACAUAAGAAAAAAAUAAAAUUCUUCUGCAAAGACCACUCGUUAUUGUGCUGCAGUACAUGUGCAUUCAUUCACAGGGCAUGUAUAAAUGUUGACGAGUUAGCAAAAAUUGCUGAGGAGAAAAGAGAACUAUUGAAUGAUUUAAAAAGAGAUUUAAUCCAAGCUGCUGGGAAAAAAAGCGAUAUCAUAAAGGAUUGCAUACACAUGAAACUAAGUUUAAACGAAAAACUAAGCGAGCUUCCUAAAGAUAUUGAGACAUUAAGGGAACAAAUUAACACACUGUUUACCAAGGCAACCACAUACAUUAAUAGCCAAGCGAAAGAUGUUAUCGACGUUGAAUCAAAACGCCUCAGUGAAAGACAAACCUCUUCGGUAAAAGUUCUUCAAGAUAUCAACGAUAUUAUUCCCAUCUGUUCCGCUGUGGUCGAUAAUGGAACGCCUCAGCAAGUGUUUAUUUUUGCAAGGACAAUAGAGCGAAAACUAAACGACAUUAAAAUACACGAUGAUCAGCUACAAAACAGCCAUUUUACAUUACAAUUAUCAUUGACAUUUACGGAAGAGAUUUCUACACUUCUGAAGAUAGGAAGUGAUUUUGUGCAACUAAAAUCUCUCCGAAUUGAAAAAAAAUCAGGAAGAACAAUGAGAGCCAUUUCCUUCACGAGAGAACAUAGAUAUGUAGGGCCCGAUGGUUUGGAACAUGUCAUCGUUUACUACAAAGCACCCCCACACGCUGAUGAUAAAAGGAAACCGUGCUCGCACCAUGGAGAUCCGACUAGAAGUUGUCGUUGUACAGCGUAUUUUUAUAGAAUAAGAGGUUCAGCCCCCCGUAAGGGACCCCGGCCUGUUAGCAACAACACAAGUUAACUUGGAGUGGAAACAAUUAAAAGUACAAUAUUGUCCAUGACAUGAAGCAACUAUGACAUUUAUUCUUCAUUAUGGUAGGAGUCAGAUUUAAAGACAGUGUGUUUUUACAUUGAAGUAAUAUGAUAUGAAGUGUUUGAUCGUACGUUCCAGCAUUUGUCAACAAUACGAAUAUUGGAUACUUAUAUUCACUGUAAUCCUGUUAUAGUACUUAAAUUGAGUUAUGUAAUAUAUAUUAUAUUUAUUUGAUUUUCUUGUUUGAGUUAUUUAAACUAGUAUGUUGUGAUGUGGGACUCAGGGUGAGUGUUGACAUGACUUUUAACGUUUUAAACUCUCUCUAAAUAAUGCUUUGCAUGGACUCUUACGAGCGGCCGACCCCAGCAUUAAUUAUUUUCAUGUUAAAUAUUGAUAUAAGUACAUCAUUUCAUUUCAUAGGCAACUUGUUAAUGUCUUUAUAUAAAUAUAUCCUAGUUGUUUACCGAUAUUACGUUGACCACAAACACGUCUAUAUCUCUUACUGCUCGUAAAAACUGGAAAUCAAAUUCAAAAUACAGGUGGCGAACGCAGGUCGCCGUGGCGUUGCUUUUUUUCCGUCUAGAGACUUGGAGGUCACGCGAUGUUUAAAUAUCCACAAAGACACUAAGCACUGGCUCUAUCCGUUAAUAAGACAAACGCUUAUCAUACAGUCGAGCUGAAAUGAAAAGGUUUAACUUAAUACACUAAGCGCACCUUACAUCACCUUACUUAUUCUGAAAUACACGUUAUGAAAUCACAACGAUUUAUGUUCGAAAACUUUAAGGUUGUUGAAGAAGAAAGAAAUCGGAUAAUGUCGGGUAAAAUCGAGUUCGUACAACGCGUAUUGUUUCCCUACGAAAAUUGAAGGAUAAUGUCAAACGAUUAAUUGAAAUAAAUAUAUCGUAUAUUCUAUUAACAAUUAUCAUGAAGAUCACAACGCAUGUCGUACCGAUAUAAAAUGUGUGAAAAAAUAAAUGUUGACAUAGAUAUAAUAAAGGUGCUAUUUAUAAACGUGCCUACGUGCUUAUCUGUAUAGUGUGUUCUAUGAACGACAGGUGUGUUAAUUCAAUUUUCCGAAAAUAUUUACCAUCACACAGUAUUCAUUUUUUUAGAGACAAUACUAUUAAACGUUUUGUUUAAAACAUUUAACAUGUUUCAAGUAUUAACUUUGCGACAAAGUAGCGGAUGGAAAGUGUUGAAUAUAACCAAUCACUACACAAUCCAUUCUAUGACAUAUAUUCAAAGAGGACAUUUUACCAUAUCCAUCAUAGGUUUUGAUAACAUCAUGUUUUAGUAUCUUGGUCUGCAUCUUUUUUGUUUUUGGGUUGAGGUACCUGUAAUAAUCCUCCACCAUGAUAAUGAAAUGAUUUAUCUUUAUCAGGUGUUGUAUUCUCUGUAUUAUAAUUAUAUAAGAGUAUAUGUGUUUGUUAACACUAGAUCUAGACAUGUAUGCUUAUUUAGUUAGUUUCAGAUGUCAUUGGUUCUAUAUGUUACCUUUGUUCGCAUUAGAUUUUCUGAAAACUGUGUUAAUGGUUAUUGCUCCUGAACAUAUGGUGUUAAUGUAGUCAUGUUUUCACUGAAAUCAUAAUUUACGUCACCGAGCUAUAUAUAGACAAACAGUUGUUAAAUAUAUUCAGUAAGUUUUAUUUGUGUUGCACUAUAUGUACCAGAAGGAAGCACGGCAUUAAUUUGAAACACCCAAUCAUGUUUUCCUUAGAUGCAGAAGUUUUGCUUACAUGCCGGCGAAAGUUCAUGUGUGUUUGUUUUUGCAUAAGAACAUGGAUAUACAUAUUUUGGUGGGUAACAAUAACAUAUAACUGUAAUCAACAUUCAAAUAACUUACUUUAACAUUUUUAAACACACGUACUUUUUUGGUUAAAUGUUCCCUUAUUUGUGUAUAUACUUUGUAUUUGUAUUGUUCGUAUAUACAUCGAUUAAAAAGCUUCGGAUAAAAGUGUUCUAGUAAUGCGUGAUCUGAUGUAAUCCGAAGAACACAUAUAAUGUAAAAAUAUCAAAUCUAUGCUUAAAAUUCGGAAAUGCAACGUUCCAUUUGUUUUAAACAGCUAAUAAAGGCUUCGAAAGACAAACAUCCAUUGUCUUAAAAGUGGUUUCACUCCGUUUCAUCAGUAAAAAUUGUCAUGAGGUCAAACUGUAUAUUGCUAAAUACCAACAAAAAAGCCAGAUAUAAAAUUAUGUCAUUUUUUUAAACGAAUGCAUUUUAUAUUUAAAGCCUAAAAAAUUGGGUAAAAAAACAAUACUAUCCAGUGUGAUUAAGUGCAGAACAGCAGAGUUAAAGCAAUAUCAAGGCUUUAUGCUGACUAAAAAAUAAAUUCAUCAUCACUUUGCCUGUUGAGGUACUCUCUGUUUUCUCGGGCUGAGGCCUCAGACUUGCGGGGUCUUGGUUAGUAUGAAGUAUGCAAAUUUAGUAUGAACAAAGUAUGAAUAUAAAUUCAACAUGAAUUAUAAACCAAAACUAUUGUCACAUUUCACCAGUGUUGCGACCAUGUUUGUGUAUUUCACCUGCAAUUUAUGCAAAUGAAACAAAGCGCCACUAUUAUCUUUAGAUUAUAAUUCAAACGCCCCAUUCAAUCAAACCAAAUUGCGACAAAUGUCUACGGAGGCUGAGAUACUAAUGUUAGGUACCUAAUGACCCUUUUUUCCAGGAAAACGACAUUCUAUCAUCAAAAGAAGUAAAAUGUUUAUUCCAUCCAACCUGUAAACAUGCUAUCAUUAAGUGGUCAUUUGUAUUUUAGUGAUAUAGUUUUCAAGCUACAGCGGUGAAUAGUUCUGCUACUGUCAACAUCCAAAGAUUCAUCACACUAAUUAUACAGAUACAAUUGUUUAUUUCUUUGAAUAAUAACACAAAACCCGUGUGUGUAUUUGAAUGUCAUAGUAUGGCAUGUUUAAUUAUGCAGGUCUUUUAAAAUUGAAAUGAAAUAGAAGUGUCGGUGUCCUGUGUUGAAUAUCUCCUCACACGCCGUUUUUUCAGAGUGAAUUGCAAGUUGGGUUGUAAGAUUUUGUUUUACUUAUUUCAUUUUACGAAGACAUGCGUGGAAACAAUAUGCAAAUGUCAAAACAAAUAAAGCCUCAGAUACACGUUUCGUAAGCUAGUUCAUUGAGGAUUAUUAAUUUAUAACCCUAUAAUUGAUUCAACGGAAGCUUCCUAGCCAUGAAUCAACAUGCCCAUUUGUAUAUAGUUGAAAUAUGCAUGGACACAAUAUGAUCAUUUACAUUUAACAUAUCAAAAAUGGUUCAACUAAAAAAGCUUGAGCUAUGGUCCUUUUUCCUGAGUCUUUAAUUCAAAUCUGGCAAUAUAUGUUGUUUAAUUAUGCGUACUAUGCAAUUUUCGAGUUUUUAAAUUGAUUCUGUGGCAAAGGAAAAGUAUCAAAAAAGUAAAUAAAAAUAUAGAAGCAUUAGUUUUAAAAUUAUGCCGUGUUAUAUCCUUCAAUGAGAUCUAUAUAGCUUAGUUUUAUUUUUAAUGACUUAUUAUAGUUUGUGAAAUGCAUAGCGGACAAAAUAAUUGUGUUAUAUAACUGUGUUAAUUCUUGAUUCCGUGUCUGUUAUGAUCCCAUAGUGAUUGAAUAAAACGUAGUAGAGGGCUACUGCAUGAUGUUUCAUACCAAAUCUUGACCUUUUAUUUUCAGAGAUGUACAUGAUUGCUGAUGAAAUAUAAUGCACUACAUUA